GGUCAUGUGACCUUUUCAUGCUAUAUGAAAAUCGGACGAGAACUUGCGAGAUCAGUAGAAUAACAUGGCAGAAAUCGUGAAAACAGUGGUGGGCCCUGUACAGCCCCUGCUGGAUGGAGCUAAGGGCUGGCUGAAUGACUUGUGCAAGGGCCUUCAGCCAUGGCAGAUAGUGGUGUACACAUGUGGAGGCACUGUCAUUGCCAUAGCUGUCAAGGACUUCCUCAAUGGGGAGGAAAGUUUACAAGUAAGGACCAAGAGGACUUUCUUCAGAUGGGUGAAGAAGAUCCCGUAUGUAAAGAGGCAGAUUGAUGAAGAGCUGGGGAAGAAUGUGAAAGGAAUGGCGGAUUCUUUGUGUCAUGACACAGAGGGCUCAGCUUUUGUCCUGAACCUACCCAGAGAAGGCCUGUCAGAGGUUGAUCUUAUGAAGGAACUUGAGAGAUACAAGAAUUUUGCUAAGAUCCCGUGGGAGAAGGGCAUGGUGUCUGGUGCAGUCUACAGUGGUGAUCCUGUGCUCACAGAAGUCAUGAUGAAGGCCUACAGUAUGUUUGCAUGGACCAACCCACUGCAUCCCGAGGUCUUCCCAGAUGUGAGAAAGAUGGAAGCAGAGGUAGUCAGGAUGACCUGUUCCAUGUUCAAUGGCGGCCCUCAGUCUUGUGGAACAAUGAGCUGCGGUGGGACAGAGAGCAUCCUGCUGGUGUGCUUGGCUUACAGGAACCUGGCCAGAGAGGAGCGAGGGAUCAAGUUUGCAGAGAUCAUUGUACCUGUCACAGCUCAUGCAGCUUUUGAUAAGGCUGCCCAUCUUCUCCACAUGAAGAUCACACACAUUCCCGUGGACCCAGAGACCAAGAAGGCCAAUGUCAAAGCCAUGAGGAGAGCCAUCAGCAGGAACACUGUCAUGCUUGUUGCAUCAGCCCCUGGUUUUCCACAUGGAGUGAUCGAUCCAGUGGAGGAAAUUGCUGCUCUGGGCAAGUACUACAACAUUCCUGUUCAUGUAGACAGUUGCCUUGGUGGCUUCUUGAUCCCCUUCAUGGGGAAAGCAGGCUUCCCACUGGCUCCAUUUGACUUCCGUGUUCCUGGGGUUACCAGUAUAUCUGCAGACACUCACAAGUAUGGCUAUGCCCCCAAGGGUUCCUCAGUGAUCAUGUACAGAGAAAAGAAAUACCGCAGCUUCCAGUUCUUCAACCAGCCAGACUGGCCUGGUGGCAUCUAUGCAUCACCAACUCUCAUGGGCAGCAGAGCAGGAGCCAUAAUUGCAGCUUGCUGGGCGACUAUGAUGUACAUAGGAGAAGAUGGAUAUGUAGACUCCACCAGGAAGAUCAUCAAUGCCACCAGAUAUCUGGAGGAAAAGUUGCGUAAUAUCGAUGGACUCAAGUUGAUUGGGAAACCUGAUGUGUCUGUGAUAGCAAUUGGAUCAGAUAAGUUCAACAUCUACAGACUGUCUGAUGCACUGGCAUCCAAGGGCUGGACGCUCAACCCUCUACAGUAUCCUCCCAGCGUGCACAUUUGUGUGACUUUGCUGCACACCAAGGAUGGAGUGAUUGACAGCUUCGUGAAUGAUGUGGGCACUAUGACAGCCGAGAUUAUGAAAGACCCAAAUGCCAAAACUGGAGGCGCAGCUGUCAUAUAUGGCAUGGCUCAGAGCAUCCCUGAUCGCACCCUCGUGUCUGAGUUGACACGGACAUACCUGGAACUGUGUUACGACACAUCCCUCACCUCAGUGUCUACCAAUGGACAUAGUAUCCCCAAUGGAAACUGACCUGAGAAUGAAUCAACAGUGACAGUACCUCCCUUCCACGUCUGACAUCGACCAUACACUCAGUUAUCUUGCAGUCGGAUUACUGCCUCUGCAGUUGGUUAUGUUCUCGAUUCACUCAUGCUUUGUUAAAUUGCAUUUCCCUCUACUCUCAGAAUGAUACUUUGUUUCAGUUUCUUGUACUGUUAAACAAUAUCUACCUUUAUUUUUUGCUUGAUAUGUUAUCACAUAUUUUAUGAGAAUUCAAAUAAUAAGUCAAAUACAUAUUUAAUUACUCAAAAUGUUGAUCCAUUCGGUUAUCUUUUUGUUAGUAUUUUUUUCAGAAAUUAGAAGUGACCAGCUGUUUACACAUAAAUUGGAACUUUUCUUUCACAGUUUUAAUUUCAGCUUAUUUGUUUAAGAGUAGGAUAUCGCCUUUACAUACAACAUUUUAAUAUAAUGAACUUUUUACGAGUUUGGCCAACAAUGCAAUGUGUACAUAGUCAACAAAUAUGUUCAUACUAUUUAUAUAUGUAUACACAUUUGAACAAAUGCUUAUAGGUCUUUAUAUAUUGUAUGUUUUACUAUGUGAGAGGGAAACUGUUUCUAGUCGGUGUUGGGCGAGGCAACAUAUUUUCUGUACAAGUAAGGUUUAUCAGUGUAUAGGAAUUUCAUCUGGAAGUGCAGACUUUGUAGAAUUAUUCCUUUAAAAGCAUUUGAAAUAAAUACUGUACACCUUUUUAGCUGAAUACUUCUUUUUAAAACUUUUUCAUUUUAAACAUUACACAAGGACAGCCUUCCCCUUACCAAUUCGUUAAUUAGAUAUCAGCAAGUCUUGUCAUAGCUGAAAUACUUAAAUAAGGGGUGCGUUGCAAAGUGCCAAUCGCUUGCAAGCGAUGUACAGCGAUUUGCCUUACAACAGUGCGUUAACUUUCAGCCGCUUGCAAGCUAAACAAUCGCCAUUUUGAAAGAGUGCGCAAGGGCUUCGAACUGUUGCAGACCCCGAGAUGAGCGAUUAAUUUGCUUUCUCUAAGCGAUUUGUGUCUUGCAACGCGCGCAAGGUAAAAUAUUAUUAGUAAUUGUGUUACAGUCAAAAGAAAGUCUACUUUUAAAUUAUUGAUAUGCAGAGAUUAAAUAUGACAGUUAUUAAGUGCUCCUCCCCCAAAAACAAUCAGAGGAAAUGUGUCAGUAAUGCAUGUUCAUGUCAUUGAUGAACUAUGACUUAGGAUUAUGUCACAGACCAGACCAGGGCCCACUUGCACAAAGCGAUCUUAGCCCUAAGACUAUUGUAAGCCUAUGUUAAAGUAUGGGAGCUACGAUCAUCUUAGCGCUAAGAUCGCUUUGUGCAAGUGGGCCCUGGACAGCAGGGAGUAUUACCAUCUAAAUAUUGAUAACUCUCACUAAUUUACCAGUAAAACAUUUACGACACAUUUGUUAAUCACUGUCAUUACUAUGUUUAUCCACACAGGAAAUAUAGUGUAGUACAUAUCAGAUAGUUAUAAGUGUCCAUACUCUUCAUGUCUAAGGUAUCAUUUAACGUCUUUCUGGCUUGAUGCUAAACUGAUACUGGAUAAUCUGAUCUCUCAUGACUAUAACCACUGUCUGUAUAUCAAGUCUAUACAAUUGUCACAUGCUAUAUUGUACAGCGUUUAUGAUGUAUGCACACAAAUGAGAACUGGCAUCAAUGCAGUGUUUGCAAUUACGCCUGGGUGAUAAUCCUAAUGUUACAAAUUCAUAGUUUAGGGGAUACAUAGGUUAAAAUACUUGAUAAUUAUAAAUAACAUCAUAAAAAAUCAAGGACCCCAGAAUCCGUCUGUUUUCUUAUAUUGGUGUGUUUGGGGGAGUUUCUUUGAGUAUGUUUUGAUCUACUUGGUUUACAGAUUCACUGAACAAUUCACAAAUGUAAAAUAUAUGAGUGGAUUUUUUUUCCAUGAGUAGUAAUCAUUGUAAUUGAAGAAAAAUUAAAACUAGGUCUAAUGGAGAACAAAGAACUUUAGCUUUCAUUUAUUUUUAUCAUCCAACUAUAUUUGUUCCAAAGAUUUUAUUAUGAUUCUUAUUUCAACAACGAACCCUGUGGCCCCAGAAAUAUAAUAAGUAGACCAUGUUAUAAAUAUAAGAAGGCCUUACUGAACUUAUGGUAUGUUUUCAGGUUUUAUUUCCUUAAAUCACAAUUAUCUUGUGACAUUCUUUAGUACAAAUCAUCUAAGUAUGGCGACAGAUGUAUUUGAUAGUGAUGAAGACUAACUCUGGCUGGAUGGGGCAUUUCAAUUUAUCAUGUCUAUACUAUCUUAACAUUUUGUAUUGAGACACAAAUACUUGUUUGCUUCGUGCAUCCCCAAGCCUAAUGGGUGUGAUCUAUUGUAGCUUGUUUUUAAAACCACGAACAACUUUUGGGCUUUCUUAACUUCUGACUGAACAAAUAUGUAUAUGGGAAGUGCUAAUGUAGUUUCUAUAUAUAAUAUGGGAAGUGCUAAUGUAUGUUCUGUAUAUAAACUGUUGGUCCUUUGGACUUAUGUCAACUGAGUCAUCAGGGAUGAAACCAUGGAGAUUAACAGAUGUUUUUCCCAGUCCACAUAUAUAAAGCGAUAAAAUAUAUUUAAGGACAUUGAUUCUGUAAUAUCAGAUUGUGCUAGAUUUAUACUAUAGAAUAUGGAGACGGCAGAAAUUAGCUGCAUACAUUGGCAUUACAAAUUCUAUAGAAGAAUAGUUACUGUCUACAGGCAGUGUACAGCCAGUUUGGUAGCAAUAUCAACCGCAGCCAUCAUCCCUGAAUUGUGUCGGCAAAAAGAAUCAGUACAGUAUUUCCAGGCACCAGGCACCAGACAGCCAGUUUGGUAGCAAUAUCAACCGCAGCCAUCAUCCCUGAAUUGUGUCAGCAAAAAGAAUCAGUACAGUAUUUCCAGGCACCAGGCACCAGACACAGCCAUCCCUCAGUUUGGUGGCAUCAUCAAUCACAUGCCAUUAUCCCUCUGAUAACAGCUAUCUGCAGUUUUAUAGAAUAUACAUGUUGAGGGUGAAUAGAAGGUAUGGUGAAGAUGUGUGUGGUAGUGAGAGCAAGACUGCUUGUGAUAUUAAUGUUGUUGGUGUGAAACUGAUGUAGUAGAUGUGGUGAAGGCCAGUAGGGAUCUUUUCAGGGCUCGAUUUAGCUAUAUAAAACAUGCACCAGUGCAACCUAUUAUUGAAAUAUGCAACCUAAUAUUUAUGUCUACUUGCAACAAGUGCAUGUAAAAAAAUUAAUGUGGGACUAACCCUUAAUUGUUCAUACAACUUCGAUCUUUGAACACGGUACCCCUAGCUUUAUUUACCGUACUAUAUCACUAAUCCCUGUGUUAUGUGGAAGUUUUCAUGCUUUCUUGGGUUUGAUGUCAUCAAACUAUGGACACUAUAAGAUUAUGUACAUAUGUGCCUAUAACAUUUAUAGCAUUGCAUCAUUAGUUUACUGUAACUGGCACCAGACGGCAUAUGUAUAAACUUUGUUAAACUUAAGGGACCAGGGUGCAACCUGAUUUUGUCUGGUGCAACUAGGUUUUCAUGUCAACAGGCACCUGGUUCAAGUUAAAUCAAGUUCCUUAAAUCGAGCCCUGCUAUUAUGAUGGCUGUACUUCCAAACAAGGCUGUUGAGACCUUGUCUGUGAAAAUGUUUGCAGCAAGGUGUAUCUUCAUUGUUCUACCUCUGUCGAUGGCAGAUUGUGAUAAUCUGAAUAACAGCAUCAGAAACAUGCUAUUGUUGAAUAAAUCACCAUCAUCA